UUGUCUUUUUUGAUAUUAUUGGGGAGGUGAUGUCUUCUAUGUACUCUCCUCGACUUAAAUGUGGGGUAUGUGCUGAUUUAAGUAUUCUCCACUCGCACUGCAAACAAUGUGGGAAUCUAUGUGAAAAUUGUUCAGGACUUCACAGCAAAGGGAAUGCCUUCAAAAAUCAUAAUGUGGUGCCCUUAACUUUUUCAGAUGGAAUGGAGACGUCUUCAAUCAAAGUGGAACCGUCCACACAACUAGAUCACCUUGAUAGUACCCCCACCGCCACAUGUAUAACUACGGCUGAUCUUUUAUCGACUGCAACAAACGCCCCAAGACCUGCUUAUGCUCCAUCUACUUCAUCAAAUGAUACUCCAACACCUCAUAAUGUGCCAUCUACUUCAAAUGCACCCAAUACACCAAAGAAAAAAGGUGUCAAACGGAAAGCUACUUCCGUUAAUGCCCCAACAUCUCAUAAUGUGCCAUCUAUUCCAACAAAUGCCCCAACAUCUCAUAAUGUACCAUCUACAUCAAAUGCACCCAAUACACCAAAGAAGAAAGGUGUCAAACGGAAAGCUACUUCCGUUAUCAUGAAGGAAAUGAAGAAAGCUGCUUGUCCUCAAUCUAAACAUCAAUCUAACACGGUUGAUUUAUGCUGCCAGGAUUGCGAUCAAGCAAUAUGUUCGCAGUGUCUGACAACUGCCCAUACUGAUCACAGAAUUGGAGAUAUUACCGAUUUUUUCGGGAAGAAAAGAGCUAUGAUAGAAAGUGAUUUAGAUCUCAUCCAGAGUCAUAUCCAGCAAAGGGAGGAAGCAAAAAAACAACUGGCCGAAGAUCUAAAAAAGAUGGAACAAGCUUCAGAAAACGUGGUGAAGGAAGUUAAAGAUUUCGCUGACAAGGUGCGAUCAACCAUUCUAAAGAAAGCAGAUGACCUGAAAGCAAGUACUAAAGAAACAAAAAAGAGGAUCAAUUCAAGAAAUGGCGAGUUUGUCAAAGAAAAUCAAAAAACUAGAAACCUUGCGUAAAAAAUAUCAGGAUGAGCUAGAUUCUAAAGAUUUAGCAGAGAUCCUGUUCAGAAAAGAAACAGCGUUCUCGCUCGAUACCUACGAAAAUCUCCCAAGUUUGUUCAAAAUUACACCUGCAGCGUUUUUUCCAGCGGAAUUAGACCAAGACAUUAUGAAAAGUUUUGGAACCAUUGUUUCUGAAACAAUGCAAGUGGAACCUAUUGCGUUUAGGCCACCAUCUACUCCAAUAAAAAUGUCAGGGAAAAAGAAGAAACAGACAGCUCAAAGCAGUACGCCAUUGCCUGUCCCGACAGCCACUUCUGCCUCUGCUCAAAAUCAUGAAAUAUUGAGUUUUAUUGGAAAAGAGCUUGGAAUGAACAUUGUUCAACAAUGAAGAAGACAAAUGGGAAUUUUUUUUUCCAAAUUGAAGGAGUUUGGUAAAAAAGAAAAAUCCUUUACCCCAGUUCUCUCUAAUCAAAUGCUUGGUAAGCAGAUUGUUCAAAAAUGAUGAAAAGAAAUGGUACUGAAUAAUUGGAGCAGCUUGGUGGGAUCAGAAAAAUCCUAUUCUCCCUCACUGUAUUGAUAAUCAAAUAGUGCACACUUGGCCGCAGUAGACAAAAUUAUCUUGAAAAUGAUGAAGGUGUAAUAUGACAAAUGUAUCACAAUAAGUAGGCAGAAUAGAGAGGGGGAUGAAAGUUUUGAAAGAAAAAGAAAGAGAGAGGUGAUGUAAAUUUUGAAAGAAAAAGAGAGAAAAAUUGAGAUUUUGGAAAGUUUUAGAAUAAUUUAUAUUUGUUUUACAUUCUUACUGCCAGAAAAUAUGUUUUCUUUCUUUU